AUGCAGGUACGUGAUCGCUUCCAAAAUCCAAACGAACCGCCGGUGUCGUGGACGAUCGUCGCCAUGGGAAGCAGCAGCAACGAGCGCCGCUCCGCCAGCCGCUGGUCGGAGCUGCCGGCCGACGUCCUGGUCACGGUCCUCGAGGGGCUCGCCAUCCGUGACCUCUGCCGCGCCGGCGCCGUGUGCCGCUGGUGGAACGCCGCGUCGUCGCACGUUCGGACCCAGCACCGCGCGCUGUCGCGUCCGCGCACGCCCUGCCUGCUCUACGCGGCGGCGGCCGCUGGCUCGUCCUCAUCAUCGCCGUCCGACUCCGAGCCACCAGCGGCCACCACCUCCGCGGCGACGCUCUUCAGCGUCACGGACGGCAGGUCCUACCCCGUGCCUUUCGCCGGCGGCGCGUCCAUCGCCGAGGGCUUCUGGCUGGGCGCCUCCCACGGCUGGCUCGUGACGGUGGACGACCACGCGGAGCCUCACCUCGUGAACCCGGUCACGGGGCAGCGGAUCGACACCCUCCCGUCGGUGGCCACCGUGGCGCAGGUGCGGCGCGUGCACGACGGCGAGGGCGGCGCCGUCGUCGCCGACAGGUACACGGUGUACGAGUACAACUCGUCGCUGUGGGUGUACGAUCCCGCGAACGCGGCCACGACGCUGGACGCGCGUGAGCUCAUCCGCUACCUCUACGUCCGGGCGAUCAUCUCGUCGGACCCAUCGGACGGCGACGGCGACGGCGACUGCGUCGUCGUGCUCGUCUACUGGCCCCAGUACCAGCUGUGCUUCGCGAGGCCGGGAGACGCGCACUGGACAUGGAUACGGCCACCGACGGAGAACACCCAGUACUGCGACUGCGCCUUCGACGGCGACGGCAGGACGCUGUACGCGAUGCGCCACGACGGCGCGAUCCACGCGUUCGACCUCCACGGCCGGCCGGAGCUCGAGAGGGAGGUCGUGCUCCGUCCUCAGGUCCAGGGCGGGAAGACAACGACCAACUACCUCGUCCACGCGCCAUGGCUACGCGGCGGCGCCGGUGGCAGCUGGCUUCAGGUGUGGAGGAAGAUGGGGGCCAGUAAGCCUACUGUGACGACGACGACGACGCCUGCUCCGGUGGCACAAGAAUCUGCGUGGCGGACAGAAUCGAUCUCGGUUUACCAGGUGGAUCUCGCCGCGCAGACGCUGGUUGAGAUCAAGAGCCUCGGCGAUCACGCGCUGUUCGUGGGGUGCAACUACUCCUUCGCUCUCGCUGCAACGGACAGUGCAGGUGUGCUGCCCAGCCACGUCUACUACACGGACAAUGAGGAGCAGUACGCGCUCUACUCGCCAGAGUGCCCAAGGGACAUUGGUAUCUACAAUGUGGGUGAUGGCAGCUUUCACCAAAUUCAACCUCCUUGCCCAUGGUUGAAUUGGCCGCUUCCCACCUGGAUUAUGCCUAGCCUUCGCUACAAAGGAUAG